AUGGCAGACCCAACCCAAUCGCAGGGCCAUGGAGCCCCAAAACUCCCUUCCCCGCCAACUGUGCUCAGUCCGCUCUCGUCAGGCAGCGGAACCCCGAUCUCAUUCCAAACAAACGUGAACCGCUCCAAAACAAAACGCUGGGUGGAAGCGAAGCAAUAUUCUUAUGAUGGAGGUGACUGGGGUAGCGACGACGACGACGAUGAAGAGGAGGAGGCGCCUCCUGUAGUACAUCGGCCGCCCUAUGUCACCCGCAACACUGGCAGCUCAUCCGAGUUGUCCUCGAGGCGUUUGUCUAGCAUCGGACUCGGAGCUGGCGAGUCGCACUUGGCUGAUAACAAAGGUAGGAAUCUUAGUGGAGGAGACCAAAAGGCCCUGCCCUUUGUAAGGCCGGCCGACCUCUAUAAACGCAUGCGCGAGGAGAAAGCCGCACAGCAGUAUCCUAUCACUGGUAGCAAUGAUCCCAAGCCUGACGGGUUUGGAGUUCCACCUCAAACAGAUCAACAAAAGCUCGAUUUGGGUCUACCGGAAGUCAAGCGCGUAUCUAGCUUUGGUACCGAUUUCUUGGGUGGUGCAGACUCCAACCCGCCGAAGGAUAGCUCUGCAUCUCAGGAGCCCUAUUUGCAUCACAACUCCUCCACGGGAUUCCGAUCGGUAGUGAAUCAGGCCUUUGAUGUCCCAGAAACUCCACAAUCUACCGCCACUAGUUUCACACGGUCGAACAGCGAUGGCACUUCGACGAUCAGCCCUAUCAUGGGCAGUCGUACUAUGACUGAUGAAAGAACACCUACCAUUCUCGAGGAACCGAAUGAGUCAAACUCCCCGAAGGCAACUGCCAAUGCGGUUCCAGCGUUAAACCUAGGUCAUCGCCGGGACCUGAGCCUUCCUAGUUCAGACAACAGUCCUUCGAGGAAGCCCCAAUUCACAGACCAGGACACCCCAACGGCGGGCCGUGCAGAAUUAUCCUCCAUUCCUCUACUCCAGAAUCUCUCACCAGAAUCAUCUGAUGAGGGAAUCUCUCCUCCGAACGCACUGAUGCAAUCAUACUCGAACAAUGGGCAGGAUAUGCCUGCCCCUCUCAAAUUCGGAAGCGCAUCGGGCUCUGACGCCUUCCAUGGCGAAAUCCCCACCAUCAUGGGAGCCGAGGAAUCGCCCCAGAAUACCGACAAUGAUCGCUUGAGGGAGGAGAUUAUCCGAUCAUUAAGUCGGGAAGCCACCCCCUCGGAGGACCCGCCCAGCAACCAACCUCAAUCGCAGGCACCCGCUGAGUUGUUUUCCGAAAGCCAGCCAGACUGGACUAACCUGGCUCCUUCGGUGUCUCAAGACCCUUAUGCGACCAGUCAAGGCGCGGAUGGCACGAACGUUGAUCCGCUAAAGAAGCCCAAAUUAGAAAGACGGUUUUCGUGGGAAUCCUCUGAUUCGGCAGAAAUACAGGCGCCUCAAAUGCCCGGCGGCUAUUCGUCGCCUCCUCCUUUAGACACAUCGUUAUCUAUGCAAGAGCCUGAGCCGAUAAGUGAGGAGCCCGUCUUCUUGUCGGAUGUGCCGCACGACCCGCUUGCUUCUGAUGAAGAAGGAACUACUCAGCGUGCUGUAGAAAGGCCUCGACUUUCGAUUGUUCCACCUGUUCCGCAGAACAUUACACCACCGGAGCAAAUCAUGGGGCCAGGAGCUACGCCACCUCCGCCCCUCCAUAUCUCUUCUAACGCCGGCAGCUCAUCCUUUGAUGAAUCCAAACUUUUGGGUUUCCGUGAAAUCAUCGGUAUCACAUCUAUCAACCAGCGUAUCAAGUCUUUCGAACACACCCGCGACCAGUUCGCCACCGUUGAUACUGGUUUGAAUCAUUGGCUAGAGUUUAUGGUUCAUGAUCACCCAGAGUAUGCCGACGUGGUCCAACAGAGCCAGAAUCUCUCCCCUACCGUGCCAGACCCUUCGCGCAUCAGAUUCCCUAAGCUAGGUGCUCUUGGGGGUCUCGGUUCCUUGAAUGACGGUGCUCCAACUAGUGUCACCCAUAUCCGACGUCCGUCAGGCCACCUGGGUACCGUGAUGAACAAGGAGAAAGUCGGGGAGAAAGGAAAGGAGCUCCUUCAUACUGCGGGAGCGUUUAGUGGCAAGGCUACCGGAGCAGCCAAGGGGCUGUUUGCUAAGGGCAGAAGCAGGUUCCGACCCAGUGGCAGUUCUGAGAAGGUAGAUGCCUGA